AUACUACAAUUGUGAGUCUGUCGCCAAAUACUAGUUGAGCAAGAAUGUUGUUCGAAGCCGUUUCACUCGCCGUCUUGGUGUUGCUGAUCAUCAAGGCGUCACAGCGGCCACGCAAUUUCCCACCUGGACCAAGAGGUGUUCCGAUUUUGGGCUACCUUCCAUUCUUGUCCAAUGGAGAGCCGGUGUACCGGACAAUGAAAACGCUUGCUAAAACCUAUGGACCAGUGGCUGGUUUUUACGUGGGACCGAACCAACCCUUCAUCUCCGUGGUCGGGCCGCAAGCUGUGAAAGAAGCUUUGCUUAAUGACGAUUUGAACGGCAGACCCUCCAACUCUGUUAUUCUUGCCCGCACAUUCGGGGAGAAAUUAGGUGUGGCAUUCACUGAUGGAGAAUUCUGGCGUGAACAGAGACGAUUCACUAUGCGUCAGCUGAGAGAAAUGGGAUUCGGCAAGAGCUCCAUCGAGUAUCAAACGAUGGAAGAGAUCCGAGAUCUGAUUGACGAGAUCAGAAACCAAGGGAAAUCCAACGAAGAUUACAUGGUUGAUUUUAAGGGCAUCUUUGUCGUUUCGGUUGUCAACAUUUUGUGGGCUAUCGUCGGCGGAGAGAGGUUCCAGCGCAACGAUGCAAAAUUCAAACGUUUUCUCGAAGAUAUCGACCUGUAUUUUCGAGUUGGUAAUCCCGUCCGGGCUAAUGUCCCCGUUCCAGUAUUCCUACUGCAAAUGUUUCCUCGCCUAAGAAGCUAUUUUGGAGUGGAAUCGGACAUGUUCGAACCUCUACAAGCAUUUAUUAAAGAGACGGUGGAACAACACGAAAGAACCAGAUCCGUAGAAGCUGAUAUCCCUCGUGAUUUUAUUGACGCCUAUCUCGACGAAGUGAAACAACAAUCUGUCAAGAAUUCUUCAACUACUUUCACCUACAAACAACUGGUGGCCACCGUUCAAGAUCUGAUUACAGGUGGAUCUGAGACCACUACCAACGCCAUUGGAUUUACCAUACUCUAUCUCAUCCAUUAUCCGCAAGUGCAACGCAAAAUGCAGGAGGAGCUGGAUCAAGUGUGUGGCACUGCUCUGCCAUCCUUGGCUCUCCGAGCUAGCCUACCCUAUACUGAUGCUGUGCUCAUGGAAGUUCAACGAAUGAACACCAUAGCUCCGGUGACCGCUCCUCAUCGCGCCAUGAAGGAUACGCAACUUCUAGGCUACACUAUACCUAAAGGGAGUAUUUUAUCAAUCAAUAUCGAUUCGGUCCUUAACGAUACUGACACUUGGAAAGACCCCCAUCGUUUCCGUCCAGAACGUCAUUUGAAUGUCGACAUGACGAAGACUGUGAAGAACGAAAACCACAUUCCGUUCGGAGUUGGAAAGCGAAUGUGUUUAGGAGAGCCGUUGACGAGGAACAGUUACUUCCUCUUCACGUCGUCGUUGGUGAAGACGUUUGAAUUCAGCGCUGUUCCAGGACAACCCCUACCGACAUUGGAACCCGUAGUCGGUUUCACAUCAGCAUACGAUGGAUUUAAAGCAGUUGCCAAACCUCGAUCAACAGUAACGCAAGCUCUUUAACUUGUACGACCUAUAAGAAACCCACGUGACAUUCAUUUUAUUU